AUGGCGGCCUCAAGAUUGUCGCGGGCCUCGGCCAUUAAAGCACUACAAAAAGAGUUUAAAGAACUUGUAGAAUCGCCAGUAGAAGGUUUCAAGGUUACACUCGCAGACGAGUCGAAUUUAUUCCUCUGGGAUGUAGCUAUUUUUGGUCCUCCGCAAACUCUUUAUGAGGGCGGAUACUUUAAGGCCCGGCUUACCUUUCCACCCGACUAUCCCUACAGUCCUCCAUCAAUGAAAUUCGUCAGUAAAAUGUUCCAUCCGAACGUAUUUGAGAACGGUACGGUGUGCAUAUCUAUCUUGCAUUCCCCUGGAGAGGACGCGUUCAGUGACGAAUUGCCGUCAGAACGUUGGAAUCCAACUCAAAGCGUUAGGUAUUUCCAUUAUCCCUUACCCAUUUUCAGGACUAUACUUCUGAGUGUUAUCUCACUUUUAAAUGAACCGAAUAUUCACUCCGCUGCGCACGUGGACGCUUCGGUCGCAUAUAGAAAAUGGAUUGAGUCAAAAGGCAAAGAGCAAACAUAUGAAAAGCUCGUAAGGUAA